AUGGCUGGACAGGUGAGUUGGACCGUCAUGAUGCCGGCCAUGCAAGCCAAGAAGACCCUCCGCCCCCAGCGCGACCGUCUCCUGCAGCUCCGGCGCCAGAUGGAGCAGUUCAGCCCCGGCGACGACGACCACGCGUCCAAGAACAUGGAGCUCGCCGCCCACCUCUUCAACGUCUGCUACAGCGGCCUCGGGAUCGGCUCCCGCAUGCUCGCCAGCUGCAUGGAGCUGGCGGCCAAGGACGGCGCCCGCCUCGCCAUCAACCGCGCCUUCGCCGCCAUGCCCGACGAGCAGCUCCACGACGCGCUCGUCGCGCAGCGCCUCCCCGCGCGCCCGACCACCCAGACCGAGGCCUUCUCCCGCGUCGAGGCGGCCUUCAACGCCGUCAAGGUCACCGAGGAGCACCACAUCCCGCGCUGCAUCGAGCACCUCGUCGGCCAGCGGCCUGUCCACAUGGUCCACGGCAAGAACGGGCUCGAGAACCCGCCCCCGGUCGCCGACACCCCCGUGGACCUGGACAAGGCGCGCGACUUCCUCGACCGCGCCUGCACCCUCUCCGACCUCGCCGUCAAGCACAUCGGCCUCGCCGUCCUCGUCCUCUCCAGCUUCAUGGACCCCAAGCAGGUCGCCAGCCUCUCCGAGGUCACCGACCAGCGCGCAUCCAUCUUACAGGGUGGAACUUAUCCAUCAGCCUGAGCGAUGAUUCACGACGUGCUUCACCAGGUCGAGGACCUCAAGCGAUCGAUGAAGGGGGUGGGAUCCCUUGCACUGUUCAUCAAAGCUGUUUAAUUUAGCUAUGAAUUAUAU